GCCUGCCUCUCCUCAGCCUGACGAUGGCUGAAGCCCAGCUGUUUGUUUCACAGGACGAGUUCACCUGCUCGGUGUGUCUGGACACCCUGACUGACCCUGUGUCACUGCAUUGUGGCCACAGUUUCUGUCUGAAGUGCUUAACUAACUACUGGGAUCAGAGUCAAGAGUGCAGCUGUCCUCAGUGCAGACACACCUUCACCACAAGGCCUGAGCUGAACAGAAACACUCUGCUGAAUGAACUCAUCAAGAAAUUAAAGAAGACGACACUCAAUUCUCCUCCAUCUCAGAAUUAUGCCGGCCCUGGAGACGUGGAGUGUGACUUCUGUACUGGGAAGAAGUUCAUAGCGGUGAAGUCCUGUCUAACCUGCAUGGCCUCCUGCUGUCAGACUCAUCUGCAGCUUCACUAUGAAGUAGAGGCCUGGAAGGGACACAAGCUGGUUGAUCCUGAUAGAAAUCUGAAGGAGAAACUCUGUGAGAAACAUCAGAAAAGUCUGGAGAUGUUUUGCAGAACCGAUGAGACGUGUAUCUGCUUGAUGUGUGGAGUGACUGAACAUGAUGGUCAUGAAAAGGUUGAGCUGGAGACGGUAAAAGAAGAAAAACAGAAACAGCUGGGGGCAACACUGAGUGAAAUCAGGAGGAGACUUGAGAAGAAAGAGAAGAAAAUGAAGGAGACGAGGAGAGCUAUAGAACAGAUGAAGCUCUCUGUGGAAAGAGUGAUGGAGGAACAUAAUAAGAGCUUCAGUGAUCUGGUACAGAGCAUUGAGGAAGCCCACAAGGAACUGACUGAGAUGAUCAGAGAACGAGAAAAGAGAGAGAUGGAGAAGGCUGAAGGAGUCAUGGAGCAACUGGAGGAGGAGAUUGAGGAGCUGAAGAGACGAGAGGCUGAGCUGAAGGAGCUUUCAGAGAACAACCAACUCCACUUCCUACAGACUUUGUCAUCUCGCUGUGACCUUCCUGCUGAUGGAGGCUCUCUCAGCUUCAUUGUCACCACCGAUUUCUCUUCUGAGAUUCUCCUAAAGGAGCUAUCAGGUCUUAAAAGGCGUCUGGAGAAGAUCAGCCAGUGGAAAAUCCUGCCAUUGACUCCAUCAGGUCGUGAAGCUCCAAUCUUCACCAUACUGGCUCCUAGACCUCAGCGCAGAGAGGAGUUUUUACAAUACUUCUGUCCCCUCCUACUGGACAUCAACACGGCACACAGAGACCUCUGUCUGUCUAAAGGGAACAAGAAGAUGACACAUGAGGGGACAAAAACUGAAUAUCCUGAUCAUCCUGACAGAUUUGACUGCUGGUACCAAGUUCUCUGCAGAAAGGCUCUGAUUGGGACUCGCUGUUACUGGGAGGUGGAGGGCAGUGGAGGGGAUGUGGUGAUUGGAGUCGCAUAUAAAGGACUGAGCAGGAAAGGACAGGGUUUGGACAGCCUAUUUGGAUUAAAUGGCAAGUCCUGGUGUUUGUGGUGUUCUCAAACCCAGUACUUUGUGUGUCACAAUAACAAGUGGACUGAAAUCAGCACCCCCUACAGCACCAGAAUAGGUGUGUAUCUGGACUGGCCUGCUGGCUCUCUGUCAUUUUAUAGCAUCUCACACACAAUGACCCUCCUGCACAGGUUCAACAACUCCUUCACUGAGCCCCUCUAUCCAGGUUUUGGUUUUGGUCGUAACUCCAGUGUAACAAUCAGCCAUCUGACACCAUGUGAACACUGACCAGUACCCUCCACAGGUCACUUGAUGUCCUCACAAGCACACAAGGUCAUCAUUGUGUUUGUAGUUUCAGAGUAAAAUUAAAUUUGCAGGAUUUGGGGUCA